GAUUUUUGACUCAAAUUUAGACCCAAAUCUUCAGAGGGAUUCGAAUCCUACACCUGGUUCCAUUUCCCAAACAGGCCAUAAAAUCCAACCGGUUAAUCUUCCUCGAAUCCUCGUCCAGGACAGCUGUACAGAGACGUACAGGCGGCGUUUCACAAACAGUGUCCAUCCACUGCCGCCGCCGAGAGCUCUUUCUCUCUCGCGCGCGCCAUCCGGAUGCACGGAAUGGAGCAUCCCGGAUGUUGAUUCCAUCCCUUGCUGGUAAGGAAUCCUGCUCGAAUGGAUCUUUGCUGCGAACAAUCGUGUCCAAAUCUCCCUUUCUCCGCACCUGUUAGUGCCGCAAUUCUUCACCAUGGUUGGGGUUCGAUUCGAUUAGGACCGUCGCUGAUCCGCGGGUAGAUGCUGCUGCCGUGCCGUCGAUCGAUCUCAGCUGAUGCCAUAGGUUUUGUGGAUCCAUGUGCGGGUGCAUUUUGUUUUCCAAAACUUAGAAUUGGGGGUUUAGCCGUGGAUGGAUGCCCCCAGCAGCGCAAUGCAGUGUAGCGAGCGGUGGUUGGUUCUGAUGAUUCUUGUUGGCUUAGCAGAAAUUUGUUGUCUUUCGUGGAUUGAGGAGAAACAAGCUGGGGUCUCAUCGGUCCGUCAGUAGCUCUUACUGGGAACGAGUUCAUGUUCUUGGCAUCACACCUGCCUGCCUGAUAAAUGGAUUGUGAGGGGAGACAAGCUAUGGAUGGAGUAGAGAACUCAGGCCGUGUGCGCCAGACACCAAGAAGAGCACGUGACGUCAAGUGGAAGAGCAAGAAGAAGCGCAAGGCGCGACCUGAAGAUGGAGAUGAUGUCUGUGCAAUUUGUGAUGAUGGUGGCUACGUAACUUGCUGUGAUGGUGGAUGUCUGAGGUCUUUCCACCUAACUGAAGAACAUGGUGAGGGUUCAAAGUGUCCAUCCCUUGGGCUUACUAGUGAACAAGCAAAGGUACCUCUUAAUUGA